AUAUAACUAUUAUUCAAUUUUCAUAAGAGUAAAAAAAACAAAAAGUAUGAAUUUAAAAAGUACAGCACAGAAAAAAUGACAAUUAAGAUAUAACACAAAUUUUUAUUAUAACUAUGCACUAUUUUUCAGCCAUGUUUACUAUAGCCAUCUUGAGCUUCAUAAUAUUGUGGAUGUUCUACAAAUAUUGGGUUUCCAAUUAUAAAUAUUGGGAAGACAAAGGGAUACCAUCAAUACCUGGAAGAUUUCCUUUUGGUAGUGAAGCCAACCUUACGCUACUCAGGAAGUUCCAAGGAGAUAUGUUUCUAGAGAUGUUUAGAAAAUUUCCUUCUUCCCCUUACUUUGGUCUGUAUUUUAUGAGAAAGCCAACUCUUGUAAUAAAAGAUCCUGAAUACGUCCAAGUGGUGUUGGUGAAAGAGUUUUCCUCCUUCAGGGAUAGGCUAUUGCUUAAGAUACCCGAAUCUGAUGUCCUUUCCCAACAUCUCUUAAAUUUGGAAGGUGAUAAAUGGAAAGCUCUCAGAAGCAAACUGAGUCCAACGUUUACAAGUGGAAGAAUGAAGGCCAUGUUUCCAUUGUUUCUUAAAUCCUCUGAGGCAUUUGAUUCCUUGCUUGAGUCGCACGUCAAUUCUGUUAUCGAUGUGAAAGAUUUGGCUUCGAGAUACACAACAGAUAUACUAUGUAGUUGCGCUUUCGGCUUGGACACGAAUGUCAUGGAGGACAAAGAUAGCGAAUUAAUUCAACUAGGAAAAAAUAUAUUUAGUGUAAAUCUUAGGCUAGUUUUGGCAUUUAUUAUUACAACUACGUUUCCGAAGCUUUCAGAAAUUUUUCAGUUCAGAUGUACCCCAGAAAAAAAAGAAAGUCAACUGUUUGUUUACAACCUCGUAAAGGAAACAGUCAAACAGCGAGAAGAGAACAAUAUCAAAAGAAAAGACUUUCUUGAUCUUUUGAUGCAGCUUAAAAAUAAAGGAUCUUUGGAUGGUGAAGAAGAAGAAACUGAAGCAAAUGUUUCACAUUUUGUUAUGGACAUGGAAAGGCUGGCAGCACAAUGUUUUGUUUUCUUCGUGGCUGGUUACGAAACCGCCAGCACUGUUCAGUCCUUUUGCCUCUAUGAGCUGGCCUUGAACCCUGCAAUGCAAGAAAGAGUCCAAACCGAGAUAGACCGGAUGGAACAACUGCAUGCUGGUGUUACCUACGAUGCUGUGAAGGAGAUGACCUAUCUGGAUAUGGUAGUCUCAGAAACCAUGAGAAAAUAUCCAACAGUUGUAAACAUGUCGAGGAUGUGCACAAAAACAGUUACUAUGCCUAAUGGAGACACGAUUGAAAAGGGGCAAUUCAUUUUUAUACCAAUUUGGGCAUUACAUCGCAGUCCUGAAAACUUUCCAGAUCCAGACAAAUUUGAUCCUGAAAGAUUUUCAGAAGAAAAUAAACACAACAUCAAUCCAUAUGCAUACAUACCGUUCGGUGAAGGACCAAGAUUUUGCAUAGGAAAGAGGUUUGGUCUUCUUCAGACGAAAAUGGGACUCAUCUCUAUUUUAAGGAAGUACAGUGUUGAACCUUGUGAAGUCACCCAGAUUCCAUUAAAAAUGAGUGGUGAAGUUCCAUUGACGAAAACAGUAGAACCAAUUCAAUUAAAACUCGUUAAAAGGAAGCUAUCUUGAAAAAAAUUAAAGCUACAACAUAUAUAUAUAUAAAAAAAAAAGACCAAUUAUAACUUGUUUUGACAAGGACUUUACUAAUAAUUCUCCUACAUCAUUAUUUAUACAUUACAAUUUUUUGAUAUGAAAGGUUUUAAGAAAAGAAUGAUUACCAUCAGUAUUAAUAUAUGGCAUUAUUAUGUAUAUUCCAGUCUUCUAAAUAAAUAAAAAAAUCAGAAUGUAAA